AUGUUUUCAUUUAAGGUUAACAAAUUCUUCCUGCUAAAAGUUAUAUAUUUCUUUUCAGUGUUGGAUAUAGUCUUUGCAAAAUCUCUUAAAUUCCCCUUGCAAAAGACAAUACCUUCUUCAGGCUCAUCCUUAUUUCAGAAGAGAGACAAUUUAUUUCUUUCCUUAAAAAAUAAUGAUGACGAGUAUUUUUCUACCUCAAUAAAUUUAGGUACACCAUCACAGGAAUUAAACGUAAUUUUUGAUACAGGUUCAGCAGAUUUGUGGGUCAUGGACACUAAUAAUCCAAAUUGUUUAAAUAGUUUAAAUAGUAGUAUCAAGGAUAACUCCAAGAUUGACUGUUCUCAAAUAACUACCUUUGAUUCAAAAAAAUCUUCCUCCUUUAAAAAAUUAUCGGAUGAUAGAUUUUAUAUCAAUUAUGUAGACGAAACUUAUGCUGAAGGCGAAUGGGCCACGGACACGCUUACAAUUAAUGGCAUAACUAUCAAUAAUAUGCAAUUCGGUUUAGCCCUAAACGCUACAACGCCAGUAUCUGGUGUGCUCGGUAUAGGGUUUCAAAGAAGAGAGGCAGUUAGAGGUUAUCCAGGUGCUUCCAAUGAAUUUUAUCUGAACUUUCCUGAGGUCCUUAAACAAGAUGGAAUAGUUGAUGUUGUUGCGUAUUCUCUACAUCUUGGACAAACAAGUUCAAUUAUAUUUGGAGGUUUAGAUAAAAAUGCCUUUGAGGGAAACAUGUACACGUUUCCGAUGGUUAAUGUGUACCCAACGGUUGUUGACAAACCAGCAACAUUAUCACUGACCAUUCAAGGACUAUAUGCAUACAAUAGUAAUAGCUUAGAACAAACACAGAUAUUCAAUACAAAAUAUCCUGUUUUGUUAGAUAGUGGGACCACUUUGGUCAGUUUCCCUAUCGAGAUUGCAGACAAAAUGGCUAACUACGUCAAUGCAACAUAUAGUGAAAAAGAAUCAAUUUAUAUUAUGGAUUGUCCAACUGAUACAUUAAACACUGGAUUUAUGUUUGAUUUUGGAGAUUUGAAAUUAAAUGUUUCUUUAGCCUCUUUCAUAUUACCACCAGAUGGUGAAGCGUAUUGUGGAUUUGGUGUUCUUCCAUCUUCAAACAGUAUUACAUUAGGCGACAGUUUUCUAAAGAAUGCCUAUGUUGUAUAUGAUUUGGAAAAUUAUCAGAUAUCUCUCGCUAAAGCUAUCAACGGUAAUUCUUUGGAUGAAAAUAUUAUCGACAUUCCUAGUGAUGGUAACAUUCCAGGGGCAAUUACAGCUUCCGCAAAGGUUUGGACUUCAUAUGAUGAUGAUUCAACGCCCACUAGUAGUGAUGUUCACUCUAUUAAAACUAAUUUCCAGAGUAACACAUUACUAACUGUGAUGCUAAAUAAUACAGUUAAUAAGCCCACAACAUCGGCUCAUGUUAUCUUCGAAACGGUAAUCGAAUAUAUAUGUUCGUCCUCUCUAUAA